GACCUACCUAUCCACGGCAGCUUCGAUUCAAGGGGCUUUUGGCAAAACAUCCUCGCCUCAACCUAGGUUUACCACGAUCAUCCAGUCUUGCUGUCUUGCACGUUGUGUUGCUGUAUAUACGACUAUUGUGCCAUUAUCAUCCAUUCGAUUUGUCCGUCUCUCUGUUUCUGCUUCCCUCGUCACUUGGGUAUUUGGGUAGGUAUUCGGCACUGCCCCGCCAUCGUCAUCGACAUAACCACUCAUUUGCGACAGUCGUUAGAAUCGCCAUCAUUGUCGCCGCACUUAUUCAUUAUCGGCUUGAAUCAUUCAAUAUGCUGGCAGAAGUCCAUACUGGCACUUCGAAAGCUUUGACUUGAACUGAUUCCCUUCCUCCCAUAUCUCCUUUUGCCCUGUACAUCAUCAUGUCCGCUACCGAACCUGACCAACACUCCCAAUUGCCUUCGGCUGUCGAUCCCCACGACCUCUCCGAUCUGACCUCAACAACACAUUAUUCCCUCUCGCGCGCCGUCCAUGCUCGCAAGUCCGAAUACACAAGGCCGCAUAGGAUACGCAUCAAGAUAGGCACCUGGAACGUUGCUGGAUGCCCUGGCACCGACAAGGACCUCGCCAGCUGGUUUGUUGAUGGUGACGGCCUCGACCCCAAGCUCGACACCAGCUUGGGCAAGCUCAACCUGUCCGAGAACAGCAUCGAGACGAGCAGUGCAAAUACCCAUCACAAGGCGCCGAUAGAUUCAGAUCAACCAACGUCGACGUCCGACAAACAAACAGAGCCGCCCGGUGACACGGAACAACCUACCAUUCGAGCUGUGGGUGGCGAUAAAAUCAGUCUUUACGUUCUUGGGCUUCAAGAAAUCGUCAAUCUGAAUUCAGUCCAUCAGUCUCUAUAUGGAGACCCUGGUGCUGUCGCAAAAUGGCAGGACGCCCUUGAGGCUGCUCUCCCCAGUGGUUAUACACUUGUCGCAUCGCAGCAACUCGUCGGGCUUCUCUUGCUUAUAUAUGCAUCGCCCGAAGUGGCAGCCACUAUCUCUAAUGAAUCGACGGUUUCCACAGGCACUGGUCUCCUCGGCUAUAUGGGGAACAAGGGCGCCGUUACUUCUCGUCUCCUCUUAGGCGAGACCACUCGUCUAGUCUUCUCGAACUGCCACCUUGCAUCUGGCCAUGACCAAACUAGUCUCGACCGGCGAUGCUGGGAUUACAACAAGAUCAUUACACAUACUACCUUUGCCCCUAUUAGCCGCUCCGGAGUCAUGGAGGAAGAGAACGAGAAGAUAGGCGACGGAGAUUUUGCUUUCUUUUUUGGUGAUUUAAACUUUCGUAUGGAUGGUCUUCCUGGAACCGAUAUCCGACACCUUCUCACAUUACAUGCUCGUGGCGAAUACGAUAUUACUAAUACUAAUCGGCAACUUGGGGAAGAUGGCGUGUUUGUCCUACACGACAACGAUGAUCAGAAUUCGGAUGGCACUUCAACGCCGGGCAUGGUUUCGCGAGAAGCCUCAUUCGAUAGAAACGACAGCGAUGAAAGCAGUGAAGAGCUUCCUGACCCUGAUGAGUUCGUGCUAAACCCACACGACGAUCCGGCAUCCCUACAGGCAACUCUUGAUUCCCUCUUGCCGCACGAUCAGCUGCGACAAGUAAUGAAAAACAAAAAGGCAUUCCACGAGGGAUGGCGAGAAGGGCCCAUCACUUUCCUACCUACAUAUAAGUAUGAUGUUGGUACAGUUGGGCUCUUUGACACUUCGGAGAAGAAACGGGCACCGAGCUGGUGUGAUCGAAUACUCUUUCGAACCCGAAAAGACAGGGACAAGUACAUAAAGGAGCAUCAAGACGAGAUUGAUGCGAGAAAUAGAGACGAGGACAUGAAGAAACGUGGCAUCGACGAAGCUGCAGAUGACGAGAGCGUUUUAUUUGAUUACGAUCCCACUAACGAUACAGGUGGGGACAGCCAGGCACCAGGAGUUGCAGGGGACGUGGGUUAUGAUUAUGACGAAUAUGACGAGGACGAAGCAGAUAACUCAGAACAAGCUGUCGCACACGAUGGCUUCGUAGACGAGAUCAGCUUGGACUUAUACACUAGCCACCAACGAAUUAUGUCAUCAGACCACAAGCCAUUAGUAGGCAUUUUCACGUUGACGUAUGAAGCCGUAGUGCCGGAGCUCAAAGCCAAAGUUCACGCUGAAGUGGCAAAAGAGCUAGAUCGUGCUGAGAACGAAGGGAGGCCCGGAAUCACCAUCCUCGUUGAUGGCAGCGAAUCUGUUGCUGCGGACCGAGGCACUGCCUUAGACGGCAGUGAAGGCAUCGAUUUCGGAAGUGUGGCCUUUAUGCGGAGGGCGUCACGCUCAUUGACUAUCGCGAAUACCGGUCGCGUACAGGCCAAACUCAAUUUCGUAGAGAAGCCGAGCAUAGGGGAUGAUGAGAUGCCAAAGCCGAAAUGGCUGGAAUUCAAAUUCCGGCCCCCACAUAACGAAUUUACCGAGAGCACAGACUACUCGCCUCAGCACGAGGUCUCCUUGGAUCCCGGUGAAACUGUUAACGCAGUCAUCGAAGUGGAGGUUUCUGACCUGAAGCACUUGCAAGCAUUAAACGAGAAGCCUGCUGCGCAACUAGAAGAUGUCUUGGUGCUACGUGUCGCGGAAGGACGCGACCAUUUCAUUCCUAUACGAGCCUCGUGGCGACCCUCUUGCUUUGGCAGGUCUCUCGAAGAACUAAUUCGCAUUCCCAACGGCGGUAUCACAAAAUUUAUCGAACAGCAUCCCAAGACUGGUUCAAUACCGUACAGUCUUGACGUGCAGACCUCAUCACCUACGGAGUUGUUCAAACUCAUCGAGGCUAUCGAGUCUCUCACAGAACGCCUUAUUGCAGAUGAGAAUAUGGUAGAGGACCUCAACAUCCCCCGUGACAAAGCUGGCUGGCCAUUUGACAGGCGAACGCUCCAGACAAACAAAGAUGAGGACUACGCUACACUACGAGGGCAUAUCAUGGACACCUUAGAGAAUGGCGGGCUGAUCCUCGAAGCACUUACCGCAGAUGUCCCGGCAUUAAAGCGGCUGGAAAUCGUCAGCGAGUCUUUACUUCUUUUUCUAGAGAGUAUGACCGACGGCAUCGUCUCAGCGCCACUAUGGGCUCGCAUCGAGCAGAAUCUACCACAAAUAUCCAAUACAAAAACGCUCGACGAUGUCGAAGAUAUCAAGACUAAUAUCCUCGAUAUGCUUUCCACGGCGCCGUAUUAUAAUAUAUCAUUCGUUUUCCUAACGGCCAUGGUCGCGAAAGUAGGCAGCGAACUCCUGCCGUUGAAUAAAGGCGAGCGCGAGGUGAUUAAUACGCGAAAGGCGAGUGGAUCGAUGGGAAGACGGAGUCUGAGUUUUAGAAGGAAUGCCGGGGGAGGAGUCGAUGAAAGUGCCAUUCAGAAACGACUUGCGUGGGAACGCAGGGCUGCGGAGGUUUUUAGUACGGGGAUUUGUAGAACGGGGGCGCUGCAGGGGAAUGGGAAGGAGAAAGAGAGGAAGGUUGUGGACGAUAAGAUGAGGAGUGUUGUUGAGAUGUUCUUGCGGAGGGAUGGGGCGUGAUAUUAUUUUAUUUACUUACUUACUCAUUUUUAAGGACGGGAAAGAGAUGGUGUGAAGUGGGUGUGAGGGUUCAGUGUAUACCUAUGUAGAUGGAGAUAGAGUUGUAUUUAUUAAUUUUGUAUUAGUCUGUCUGUUGAUGAAUAGAAUACUUACUGGGACCGUUCGAGCGGUUUAUAUAUAUACCUAUUCCUAGUACUACUUACUUACCUCUUCGUCACACUUGUCUUCGCAUAGUUGCUGUCGUGGCGGCAUUGAGAUGCUGUUCCAUAUGGAUAUUGGAACGGGAGCUUUGGGUAUACCUAGCGUAUAGGAGAUUAAUUCAUUAGAAUU